UCUGCCGUCAGCUUGUAAGAGGAGAAACCUGUAACUAGCUACUGCAAUUCGAAUACUGAAGCGAUUCCCCUCUCGAUCCCCUUUCCUCCAUGGCAAUUCCUUGAGAUUUGUAGCUAGUUGCUAACAAUUGGUACUCAGAGCCAAAAAAUUCCACCCACGCUGGAGCAUCCGCACGAGACUAGGCUGGCGGCGCGCCGGCGUCAGGAGCUAAUGGAGAAACUCACUCCCGAGGGGAAGGCGAUCUACGAGACGGUCACACAAGCAAGCGACGCGGCUCAUCUUCGCCACCAGAAGGAGCUCGAGGCGAUGAUUGUGGCGACGGUGGGCAGCGUUGUCGAGGCGGUGGUGUCGCGCUCCGUCGGGGCGGCAGUCGACAAGGCCGUCGAGGCAGCGAUGGAAGCAGCGGUCAACGACAUGCAAGCGUACACCGACGGCGCGGAAGCGGACCUCCUCAAGCAGAUCCAGGAGUUGCGUGUCGCCAAUAGUUCUGCAGCUCGCCCCAGCGAAGCGGAAGGAGGCGAGCGUUCGCCGAAGGGCGCACCCGAGGGGAGCGCGCAUGCGUUUCGCUCAUCCAUGGCGUCGAAUGGUGCAGUCUCGUCAGGGCCGUAUGUUCCACCUCCAGCUCGAGGUAUGACUGAAUUACCCAGACCAACCUCGUCCUUCUCCAGUCUGUCUGCCCGUCAGAGGAGGAAUGGUGCUGCGUCUUCGUCAGGCAAUUCUGGGCACGGGAGACCACCGUCAGUUGAUUUUCCGAGGUUUGAUGGAGAGAACCCCAAAUUAUGGCAAACACGGUGUGUGGAUUAUUUUGACAUGUUGGACACAGAUCCUGAUCUUUGGAUUGCAGUAGCAGCUAUGCAAUUUGAAGGAUCAGCAGCGCGUUGGCUCUCAUUAGUAAAGCAUAAGUUUGUUCGUGCAUCAUGGGAUGAGUUUUGUGCUGCCGUCCUUGCUCGCUUUGGGCGCAAUCAGCAUCAAUCACUUGUGCGCAAAUUGUACAGGCUGCAACAAACAGGAUUUGUGGAGGAAUACAUUGCUCAAUUCUCAGAGUUGAUGGAUCAGUUGACCGCUUAUGAACCUGAUCCUGAUAUGUUACACUAUACCACGCGUUUUAUUGAUGGUCUGAAACACACUGUCAGGAUGGUGGUUGCAGUGCAAAGGCCUGCUGAUUUGGAUGCAACUUAUUCCAUUGCUGCUGUGCAAGAAGAGGUUGCUGAUUGUGAACCAGAGUACACUCCUUGCAGCAGGCGAGCUAGUUACUCCAAUCCAUCUCAGCAGUAUAAACAGUCAGCUGAAUAUAAAGUGCCAAUUGAGAUCCGAGUACCUGAAACACAAAAGGUCACUUCAGUUACUGAGGAAAAGUUAGCCACUCUCAAGGCUUACAGGAGGGCAAAAGGGUUGUGUUACAUAUGUGGUGAGAGGUGGGGCAGAGAUCACAAGUGCAAUAAUACAGUGCAACUGCAUGUUGUGCAGGAGAUAUUGGAAUUUUGUGCUACUGAUCCUGUGGAAUCUGAUGAUAGUGAAGUGGAUUUGAUGGUAUUAUCUGCAGAAACACAAACAUCUGAUCCGGCUAACAGUGCUAUUCGACUCACUUGUCAAGUUGGAGGACAGGAAGUAGUCUUCUUAUUGGAUUCUGGAAGCUCACAUUCAUUUCUCAGUGACAAAUUAGCAGGUCAUUUGGUGGGUCAGCAACCUUUGAGCAGGGUGCAGAAAGUCAAGAUCGCUGGAGGAUGGCAACUGGAAUGCUCUGCUUGGAUUCCUAACUGUGGAUGGUCAGUGGAGGGACAUCAGUUUGUUACUGAUUUCAAAAUCCUACCUCUGCAACAUUAUGAUGGGAUUAUUGGGAUGGAUUGGCUCUCAGCUCGGGGGACUAUGAGUGUUAAUUGGUUACAAAAAUGGCUAUCCUUUGAUUACAAGGGCGCAAAAGUGGUUCUACAAGGAGACCUGCCAUCUGAGUGUGAAUUCAUUGUGGUAGAACUACAACUUAUCCAAGACACACAAGAAACAAAAGUGACUGUGAUGGAUGAUGUACCUGAAGAAAUUCAACAAGUCAUUGCUUCCUUUGCUGAUAUCUUUGAGGAACCUACUGGUCUUCCUCCUCGUCGCUCCUGUGAUCACAAAGUACCACUGGUGGAGGGAGCUCAUCUUGUUAACAUUAGACCGUACAGGUAUUCCCCUGAGCAAAAGACAGAAAUAGAACGACAAGUGAAAGAAAUGCUAGCCUCAGGUGUAAUUUCUCCUAGCACUAGUCCAUUUGCUUCCCCAAUCAUUUUGGUUAAGAAAAAGGAAGGCACAUGGCGACUCUGUGUUGAUUACAGACAACUGAAUAUGUUGACACUAAAGACUAAAUAUCCUCUGCCCGUGAUAGAUGAAUUGCUCGAUGAAUUAUCAGGCGCCUCAUGGUUUUCCAAAUUGGACCUUCGUGCUGGGUAUCAUCAGAUCCGUUUGGCUCUCGGGGAAGAAUACAAGACGGCCUUUCAUACACACAAUGGUCACUAUGAGUUUAAUGUGGUAUCAUUUGGGCUGACGGGAGGGCCAGCUACAUUCCAAGGAGAGAUGAACUUUACUCUAGCACCUGUGGACCGUGUCUGUGCAGUUGUAUUCUUUGAUGAUAUACCGGUGUUCAGUGCUACCUUAGAGGAACAUGUGCAGCACCUCAAGAAAGUUUUGCAACUACUCAGGCAACAUCAGUGGAGAGUUAAAGAGUCAAAAUGUGCAUUUGCCCAGCGUAGCAUAUCCUAUCUGGGCUUUGUGGUCAGUGGGAACAGAGUGUCAACAGACCCAGCUAAGGUGCAAGCGGUCCUUGAGUGGCCAGUGCCCCAAUCUAUUAGGGAGCUUCGAGGGUUUCUUGGACUUUCCGGGUACUACAGGAAAUUUGUGGCAAUUAUGGUGUUAUCAGCCAGCCCUUGACU